CCCCAUCUAAAAAGAAAUUUCUUCGCAACAUUUUUAAAAAGAACAGCCAAGCGUCUUCCGUAUUUGUGAAUAUAUUGUUAGAGAGAUUUUCAGCACAUAUAAUACAGAAUUAGGAAGAUGAUGUCAAGCAACUAUACAGCCAUUGAUGAUCACAAUGUCUCCGGAUCUGUUCCUGCAGUAGCAGAUCCUCCUCCCCAUGUUGCCGUCAAAUUCACUGAGUCGAAUCUCCAAACAUUUCCGCCUUCAAGUUCACAGGGGAAAAUCUCUCGUGGCUCUGGUCCUCCACGUGAUGCUGAUGAUACUUUCUCCAAACCAGCAUCUGGCUCUGAUGUGCCCCAGCAGAGUGGCUGGUUAAGUGCUUUCACUGUUGCUGCUUACAAACCCUAUUUUGAUGUUGACACAUCUGAUGUUUUAGAAAGGAUAAAAGAUUCACUCAUUCCUUUUGGUGGAGCCUUUACUGAGAAAACUUCGAGUAGCCCAGAUUUGUAUGGACCAUUCUGGAUAUGCACUACACUAAUAUUUGUGGCAGCUGCCAUUGGGACAUUUGUUACAUAUUUAGCCCACAAGAUCCAGAACAAAGAAUGGGACUAUGACAUCAAUCUGGUGACUUGGUCUGCAUGUGUAUUCUAUGGAUAUGUGUUUAUAGUCCCUCUCUGCUUAUAUGUUGUACUCAAGUACUUAUCUGCCCCAGCCAGCCUCGUCCAGCUGUUCUGUCUUUAUGGAUAUUCCCUAUUUGUCUUCAUCCCUACAUUGUGCCUCUCAGUCGUCCCAAUUGAAAUAUUCAGAUGGGUGGUUGUUGGUGUCGCUGGGUUCAUGUCUGCUACCUUUGUCGCCCUUAAUCUCAGGGCGCACAUCGUUUCAGCUGGGGAGAGGUGGUUCUUGAUUGUGGCUGGUAUCUUUUUGUUGCAGCUUGCCCUUUCUUUGGUCCUAAAGCUGUACUUGUUCAACUUCACCGUAUAAAUAGCUCACUCGCUCCCUCACUCCACCACCAACUGUAGUUAAAAGAGGCGCGUUAGUGUUGUAUCAACCAAAUGGGAUUGCUAUACGCCUAUACGUCGUUAAGACAAUUGCAUUGGUUCAAUUUUAAUUAUGCACAUUAUUAUACAACAAUAGUCCUUCAUUCAGUAAAAACAUUGUCACCUCCAUAGCAGGACAGAGGCUGUUUUGUUAAGUUGCUAUUGUUGCUGAGGAAUUUUGAAUUUUUGGUGUUUGUUUGUGAUCAUGUUUGUAAAAUUACACAUAAAGGCUCACAAAGGUA